AUGACUAAUAGUAAAGGAAGAGUUAUCACAAACAAAACCAGCAGCAUAGUGGGAAAUAGGGAAAGAUUGGUAAAUUGGACUCUCAAUUUAAAUACAGUUCAGCCUGACAAAUUUUUAAGCCUGUUAUUGAGUAUGGUUCCUGUCAUUUACCAGAAAAGUCAAGAUGACAGGCAUAAAAAAACCAAUGGCAUCUGGCCAGAUGGCCUUCCAACAUCAGCACAGACAUUUAACUUAAGAACAGAUCAGCACAUGGAGUAUCAUCAUUUCUCAGAGCAAUCUUUUCAUGGCAAUAAUGGACAUGUUCCGUCAAGCUGUAGCCCAAAGUAUGAUGACUAUGCUAACUAUAAUUACUGUGAUGGGAGAGAGACUUCAGAAACGGCUGCCAUGUUAAAAAAUGAAGACAUGUCUAGUGAUGGUGAUGAAGAUCUCAUUGGGGAAGGGAGUCCCCGAUUGCCAAAAGAGUCCAGUGGCACAAUGGCCUUGCAGAUACUGGUGCCAUUUUUGCUGGCGGGUUUUGGAACAGUUUCAGCUGGCAUGGUUUUAGACAUAGUACAGCACUGGGAGGUGUUCAAAAAUGUGACUGAAGUUUUUAUUUUGGUUCCUGCACUUCUUGGUCUCAAAGGAAACUUGGAAAUGACCCUGGCAUCUAGACUAUCAACUGCGGUAAAUGUUGGGAAGAUGGAUUCCCCCAUUGAAAAGUGGAACCUAAUUAUAGGCAACUUGGCCCUAAAACAGGUUCAGGCCACCGUGGUGGGUUUUCUAGCUGCUGUGGCUGCCAUCAUUCUUGGCUGGAUUCCAGAAGGGAGAUACCGCCUUGAUCAUUCCAUCCUUCUGUGUGCCAGCAGUGUGGCCACUGCCUUCAUCGCUUCCCUCUUGCAGGGGAUAAUCAUGGUUGGUGUCAUCGUUGGCUCAAAGAAGACUGGUAUCAACCCAGACAAUGUAGCCACUCCAAUUGCUGCUAGUUUUGGGGACCUCAUUACUCUGGCCAUAUUAGCGUGGAUAAGUCAGGGUCUUUAUGCCUGCCUUGAGACAUAUUAUUACAUCGCUCCCUUAGUUGGUGCCUUUUUCUUGGCUCUGACUCCCAUAUGGAUUGUAAUAGCUGCCAAACAUCCAGCUACGAGGACCGUUCUCCAUUCAGGCUGGGAGCCCGUCAUAACAGCCAUGGUUAUAAGCAGUAUUGGAGGUCUUAUUCUAGACACAACAGUAUCAGAUCCGAAUUUGGUUGGAAUUGUUGUGUAUACUCCAGUUAUUAAUGGUAUUGGUGGUAAUUUAGUAGCUAUACAAGCUAGUAGAAUUUCUACCUACCUCCAUUUACACGGCAAGCCAGGCGAGGUGCCUGAUGAAGCCAGAGGCUGCUACUACCCAUGCCGAACCUUUUUUGGUCCAGGAGUCAAUAACAAAUCUGCCCAAGUCCUUCUACUUUUAGUGAUUCCUGGACAUUUAAUUUUCCUCUAUACCAUCCACUUAAUGAAAAGUGGUCACACUUCUCUGACUGCAAUCUUCAUCGCCGUAUUCUUAUUUGCUGCUGUGUUACAGGUAUUCACCUUGCUGUGGAUUGCCGAUUGGAUGGUGCAUCACUUCUGGAGAAAAGGAAAGGAUCCCGACAGCUUCUCCAUCCCUUACCUUACGGCUUUGGGAGAUCUGCUGGGGACGGCCUUACUAGCCUUGAGCUUUCAUUUUCUGUGGCUCAUCGGGGAUAGAGAUGGAGAUGUCGGAGACUAAUAAGAUAUGGAAGUGCUACCUGCUCUCAGAUCCUGGAGAAGGAAAACGGAAGAUGGCGCAUAGGACUCCUCUUCAAGGCCUUUAAUACAAUACAGGAAUCUCAUUUUGGCCAGGUUAAUUUAAAGUUGGAACUGAUAUGAUUAAAAGGCCUUAACUUUUUUUUUUUUUAAAACUGAAUUUGAAUAGAAAAUAAAAAUGAAGGGAUUUGCCUUUCAUACGAGAGAAUGAAGGAUGAUUUGACUUUGCAACAGAUAUGAGUUCAAUCUUUGGAGUUAAUUAAAUCAGAAAAUAUGGAGGGAGUUAAAUACGAGUAAUUGUGUAACUAGACACACCUCAGGAACGUACGGGUCAGUGUUUGACUUGUAAUGGAAGAUUGGCAAUUUAGCCUCUUUUCUAAUGAAUUUGAUUUCAAUGAAAAUUUAAAUUAAAAAAAUACC